GCAGGGAGCAGCAGCCUCACAGUGUGUGUCUGCGGGUGCCUGGAACGGAGGGUGCGGGGGGACUAGUGGGGUCACAGCCCCAGGGACUCCCCAUACCCUCUUGUGUGGGAAGUGUCCCUUUAUAACUUCCCUGCCCCCACCGCCAGGCAGCCUGAGCUAAACUGCUGGCAUACCUGGGCACCCUGCAUCAGGACAUGGAGCUGCAUGUGCUUAUAUCCCAUAGUCUUGCUCUGCUUGGGCAUUCCUCAGGCCAGCGGAGGACUUGUGCCCUUCUGUUUGAGCUGUGUGAACCAUGCUGCUCUUUGUGAUGAGUUCGUGAUGCAAAGUAGGGUACCUCUUUCUAAUUUCGUGAGGAUGCACUAACUGAGCUUAUCCUAUUACUUUGUUCCAGGUAGAGAUCUUACAGCCCAAAGAAGAUGUCAAGGCGCAGUAGCCGUUUGCAAGCCAAACAGCAGCAGCCACUGUCCUGUCAAGAAGAGGCUUCACAAGAACUGCAAGCACUAGAUUAUCUCCAGACCAGAAAAAGGAGAACAGCAGAGCAGGAGAUUAAGAAAAGAGAAGAUGGGAAAAUUGCUAAAAAACAUCAAUAUGAAAUUAAGAGUUGUUGGCCCCCCACGAUAACAGGAGGCAUCUCACCUUGCAUAAUUAUUGAAACACCUCACAAAGAACCAGUAACCACUGACUUCUCAAGAUUCAAAAAAUACAGAUUCAGGAACCUCUUCAUAAAUCCAUCACCUUUGCCAGAACUCAACUGGGGAAAUUCCAAAGAUGUCUGGCUCAACAUCCUGACAAAGGAGAACAGAUAUGCUCACUGCAAACACUUCACAUCACUACAUUCUAGUUUGCAACCUCACAUGAGAUCGAUACUGCUAGACUGGCUCUUAGAGGUGUGUGAGGUGUAUGCACUCCACCGGGAAACCUUCUACCUAGCUCAAGACUUCUUUGAUAGAUUCAUGUUGACACAGAAGAACAUUAACAAGAGCAUGCUUCAGCUCAUAGGAAUUACCUCAUUAUUUAUUGCCUCCAAACUUGAGGAAAUCUACGCUCCAAAAAUACAGGAAUUUGCUUAUGUUACUGAUGGUGCUUGCAGUGAAGAUGAUAUUGUAAGAAUGGAACUUAUUAUGUUAAAGGCUUUAAAAUGGGAACUCUGUCCAGUGACAAUUGUCUCUUGGCUGAACCUCUAUCUUCAAGUGGAUGCUCUGAAGGAUGUUCCAAAAGUGCUGCUACCUCAGUAUUCUCAGGAAAAAUUCAUUCAAAUAGCCCAGCUUUUAGACCUGUGUAUUCUGGAUGUGAAUUCUUUGGACUUCCAGUACAGAACGCUAGCUGCUGCAGCACUCUGCCACUAUACCUCAAUUGAAAUAGUUAAGAAAGCUUCAGGCUUAGACUGGGACAGCAUUUCAGAGUGUGUACAGUGGAUGGUUCCUUUUGUGAAUGUGGCAAAAAAGGUCCCUGUGAAGCUGAAGAACUUUAAGAAGGUUGCAGCGGAAGAUCGACACAAUAUCCAGACCCACACAAAUUAUCUGGACAUGCUGGAAGAAGUGAACAGUGGAGUAGUGUCUACUGCCCCAGGGCAGUUAUCACCUGUGUCAACAGGAGGAAUAAUAACCCCUCCCAAAAGCACAGAGAAGAAAUGAAAUACAGUCCAUUGUCAUGAACAGAUUCAGAAACAGGACUUGGUGCUUCAAAACAAGACCACACUAAAGGUGACCCAUGCUCCUUACUGCUGUUCAAGACUUGGGCAGUAAAAGACACAGCAGAUGGAAACUAAGACCCGCAUCUUC